UCUUCUGCAGACACCGAUGGCAACCAGCAACCGGGGCUCAUUGCCUUCUGUGUGGUAAUGCUCACAUUAGCUAUAGCCUCGGUCGCCCUCCGCUGCUGGUCCAUCUGGAGCUCUCACACUCACAGGUUUGGUUAUGAUGAUGCCUUUGCCAUCCUGACUUUGCCCUUCAUUAUUGCCGAAUCGUCCCUUAUCUUCUACUGGAUCUCCCUGGGGUUGGGUCGUCAUAUCGCCACAUUACCCGUCAGCCAUCAACUCGCGGGUCCCAAGAUCAUCUUCGCGGCCGCCUUCCUGUACGAUGCCAGCAUUACCUUCCCCAAGUUAUCGGUGCUCUGCUUCUACCAUCGGAUCUUCCAACGGGGCGGAGGCCCCUGGGUCCGCCCGACACUCGCAGCGGUGGGUGCCCUGUGCGUCUUCUGGCUGAUCGGGGCGUGGCUGGCCACGGCCUUUCAGUGUACACCCGUACGAGCCUCGUGGGAAGCCGUGGCCGGUUCGAAAUGCGUCACGCAGUGGAAGUUCUUCACGGGGACCGCGGCCCCGAGUGCCAUCCUGGAUUUGAUUAUCCUGCUGAUCCCGCUGCCUCUGCUCUGGUCGUUGCAUAUGACUCGGGCGAAGAAGGCCAUGCUCAUCGGCCUUUUCAUUUGUGGGUACUCAGUGGUCGUCGUAUCUGUCGGUCGGCUCAUCACUCUUCUCAAGGCGGGAUCGGCCCUAGAAGCCGAUCUCACCUGGACCACCAUCGAAUAUAUCUGUUGGGUGCAGUGUGAAGGCCCGAUCUCGCUCAUGUCGGUCUGUCUCCCGAAUAUCACGGAUCUGGGGCGUCGC